AUGAUAAGGAGUUGGAAUAUUAGAGGCCUUAACGGCUUCUCGAAACAACGCGCGGUGAGGAAUUGGAUUUCUAAUUCGUCUUUGGGUUUGAUUGGUUUGUUGGAAACUAAGGUUCAGCAGUCUUAUCUACAGUCGGUGGUCUCGACAGUUUGUCCUUCGUGGCAGUUUUUGUCAAAUGUGAUGGACUCUAUUGCCUGUCGAAUUCUGGUAUGUUGGGAUCCUUCUCUUUACUUUGUAGAUAGCCUUCAUUUCUCUCUUCAGGAGGUCACUUGCAGGGUUACUCAUGUUUCAAAGGGGUUCUCCUUUGGGAUUACCUUUGUGUAUGGUUCUAAUGACCUUAGGAAUCGCCGCAACCUGUGGGAUUUCCUUAGGGAUCAGGCGGCGGAGUUUGAUUCGGAGGGGUUACCAUGGCUUGUGUUGGGUGAUUUUAAUGCCAUUUUGGGAGCCUCUGAUAGAAUGGGUGGUGAUCUUACGUGGUAUGGUUAUGUGGAUGAUUUUGGCCACUGUAUUCAUGAUACUGAGUUGAUUGGAUUUCCUUUUACUGGGCUUCGGUAUACUUGGCAUAAUAGUCAGCAGGGCGAUGGGAUUAUUCUAUGGAAGCUCGAUUGGGUCUUUGCAUCGCUUUCUUGGUUCAUUGAUCGGCCGACCACAGUUUCAGAGUUUCAACCUCGGGAUGUCUCAGAUCAUAGCUCUAUGGUUGUCCGGUUUGGCUCUCGUCGUGGCAAGGUACGAUCCCCUUUUAAAUUUCUAAAUUUUUGGGUUGAUCGUGCAAAUUUUAUGGAUAUUGUUCAGACAGUUUGGGACGAGCCUAUUGUAGGCAAUCCUAUGUUCCGUCUUACGCAGAAAUUGGGGCUAUUGAAACGGAAGCUCAAAUCUCUACAUGUUAGGGAUUCCAGCCAUAUCUCUAGUAGGGUGAUUGAGGCUCGUGCUCAGUGGGCUACAGCCCAAGCAAAUUUGGACCGGGACCCCCUUUCUACUGAGUGUAUCUCUCAGGAGAGGAACCUUGCCAAUCGAUAUUUCAGUCUUUGUCGAGAUGAGGAGGCUUUUUUUAAGCAGCGAUCUCGUGUUCAGUGGUUGAAUUUAGGGGAUUAG